AUGCCCACCGUCAAUCUUCCUGUGCAGCACGCCCGGGGUAACGUCACUCUGUCGAGUAGUCAACUACAGCUCAUAUUCAAUGUCGCUGUCGCCUCGGUGAUGCUCUUCUCCGCGUUUGCCCUACAUCUCGUGAUACGAUCGAGGAAGCACGCAUUUUACGCUCCAAAGCUUGCCGGUUUGUCAGUACCCGGUGCCAUUCGCGAGCACCACCGGUACUUAAGGGUACCAGAAAAGUCACGUGGGGUCAGCAACGACACUACGUUGGCCAUGCCGGCCAAGCCAGAGACGGAAACUCACCAGUUGGGUACAGACAGCGACACAGUGCAAAUAAACACUGGGGGAACACGAAGAGGGUCUCAGGAUGGUCUCGAUAAGUUCCGCAGAGACGUAGUGGGUACCACUGGGAAUGAUGCGACAGUGCCACGGAGUCUUAAGUCUCAACCACCGCCACCACCGCCUCUGACUCCUCCUGCCCUGUCCACGGCUGUUUUCAUGUUCGAGGAGCGCCGAUCAAGCUCGUCUGUAUCUGUCAUUGGCGAUCUGGACACCAAUUUUUUCCAGCAACCGAAUCCUGACUACACAUCGCCGAUGUCGUCUACAUCGACGGCCUUGCCUCCGAGUCACGGUUCUCCCACAGCCCCAAGGCGAAGAUCCUAUACGAAAAUGCUACCACUUGGACCGCCUCAGCCAAUUUCGACUUCUGAGCUGGACAGCCAUGCGCCGCCAUUUGCUCCAAGCUCGUUUCCGCCUUCCAGCCCAAUUCUGCCACUCGCACCCCAUACUGCGUUUAACCAGAGGGAAAUUGACGUGCAUGGUGAGAUCAUUUCCGUAAUGGACGACGCAGGUGCAGGCUGGAAACGGCACACUCGUGUUUAUAGCGGAGGCGUAUGCCUGGCUUGUCAAGCAUCUGGCGGAGAAGGGGGCUUUUACGGCGACAGAGUUCGUCCAGAGGAGCGCAGGUGA